AUGCUUUAUAAAAACACUCUAUUCAUUUUAGACAGUUGUUCCUACGAUCCGUCGUGCUCUUCUCCUCGAAUUCUCUUUCGUCUACACGCAGAAACAGCGAAUUCUCCUCCAUUUGCUUGCCUGAAUGACAUAAAGUUCUUUGAUGGGCAACACAUCAAGAAAGGUCUCAACCUUGUUUCUUUGAACGGUUCUACGGGGGAUGUCGAGUUAUCUGCUUCGUUCGACGUGGCAGCUUCAGAUGGCGAGCUGAUUAGUUGGUUAAGGUCGCUGCCACCUUCUUCACUUAUCGUGGGAGUUUCUUUCGGAGAUGUUGCCGAACGGGUUUCUGCAGAUGCUCGCGCGGCACUGGCAUCAUUUGGUGCGGUGAAAGUUGCUGACUGGAGGGGAUCCUCUUCAUAUGCAAUACUGGGUCAACAUGGUCUACAGCAACAUGCCUAUGAAGUUGUAAGUUGGUUAAGUAAUUGCCUAGACUUGUUUUUAGCUUCACCGUGUUUUGCAAUGGUUGUUUAUAUCGCUCUUUUGAGGAUCGAUCCCGAGAAAAUGGCAGCACUCGGCGGGGACUUCAGAAAUGCCGACCAAAAUGUGAAACUCGGAAAAGAAUGGAAGUGGUGUGGGAUGACUACACCUUGUGAUGAGAUUUCUAUGCAUUUCUUCACUGGUGAGCACAAAGACGAUUUCCCCCGUUUAUGUGUGGGUGGACGCAUGGUUUUCGACCACGACUUGAACGGUGCAGGACGCGGUCUGAACCUGGUAUCCAUUGAGCCAAAAACUGGUCGCGUAUCAUCCGUUGCGCAUUUCGAUACUUAUCAAGACGAAUCAUCGGCUCUCGAGGAGUGGUUAGAAAACGUACCACUGGGAGAAGUUAUGGCCGUCGUGAGCUUUGACGAAGCAUCUAAUAUGUUGUCAGACAUGGCAAAAAGAAUUUUCUAUGAAAUGGGAUCGAGCAUGAUCCAUCGUCUCAAAUUCCGGGCUUCGUGGUACUUCAUUGGUCAUAAAGGAUUAGCAGCGUAUAGUCCUUUCGAAGAUCUGAAUAUCCCAUCUGGCAAUAGCUGGGCGAAACCGAUCAAGACUUCACUAUGUCUUCCUAAGAAGCUUGACACCUGGCGUGGUAGAUCAUCGAACAGGAAGGGAGGUGAGGCGUCUACACGUCCUCUUAAUCUUCCUCGCCGUCAUUUCUGCCUCAAACACGACCGACACGGAGAAUUCUGCAGCGGUACCCGCAUUGAUGACCUCAUCAGUCCAAAAGCGUUGUCAGACCGUGACCGUAUCGGGGAUCCUGUAUUCAAUAUGCCCAUUGUAGUUGCAGCUGGAUUGUCAACCGAUUCAUUGCGUGUGUGUCUGGAAUCGUUAAUGGAGCAGGAGGGCUUAAAUACGCAAAUGAUAAUUGUUGUGUAUGACAAGGAAUAUCCAGAGAACGCCGACCUCUCUUCGCUGUUUCAUGUAAAGUCUUUGCCAAUGAAUGCAUCAGACGCUCUGAUACUGUCGGCUCUUUCUGCCGCGUUCGCUGUUUUCCCAUCUGCAACAUCUGUAGCUGUCAUUGAGGAGGAUAUCCGACUAUCGCCUGAUUGGCUGUUCUAUCUCUCUCAAACAUUGCCUGUGCUCUUGGCUGAUAAUUCGAUUGAUGUUGUGCAAACUUUCAAUCCCAGUGGAUUUGUGGACACGAGUGGAGACCCGUCGCAAGUGUAUAGGAUUGAAUUCCAGCCUCCAUUGUAUUCAUAUGUAAUUACGAGAAAAAAAUAUGAACAAGAAAUCAAUUUGCUAUCAAUAGAGUGUUGCUCGAAACCUGGACGGUGGUUGAUGUCGUCGUCAUCUUCGCUUGUACCCGAUGUGUCCCGCAUCUUUGUCUCUCAUUCUAGCUUGGGUGAUCCCAAGUGGUCUAAUGCCCUAUUUGUGAGACCAAGGACAUUCAGCCGUGAAAACACAAUUCUGAAUCGCGAAUACCAAUCCGAGGAGGCAUACGACAAUUCAGUAGCAUCCCAAAUAGUUGCAGCAUCGAGACUAUCGCUAAGUGCCGUUGAAUGUGGUGCGUGGAAGAGGCAGUUCGCUGACGUUAUUUCUGCGUCCAACAGGUUCGCAACUAAUGCUCUCUUAUUGAGUAUGUAG